CUCCUGUCAUCAUCACAAACGAAGACAGCCUUCAGGGUAGUUGGCGCAGUGGUUUAGAGCGCUAAAAAAAAGUAUUUGAGAAUCAACAGAACAAUUGGGAUUGAGAUCGACAGCUGUCUGAGUGGACUUUCUAAACAUCUGCAGUCUUAAUUGACCUUUUUUUUAAAAUGCAAACCUCCACGAAUGGCUUUGUUCACUUGGGUGGAUUUAUUUCCUUCUGUCACUGGUAGUACCAAGUCGUUUCUCUGUCUUAGUUUGUACUCCAAAAGAAGCCUCCAGGAGACUACAUGAUGAAAUGGACAGUCUUGCUGUUAGAAUACUUCUUGGUCAAAGUUGUUGUGCUGUUGUGCAGCGCGGUCGGGGAGGCGCAGCAGCAGCAGCUCGAGGGCUUUAUAAUGCUCUCAGGAUCCAAUGGGUCCCGGGAUGAGGAGAGCGUUUCUGAACCUCCACAUACUGAGGAAAAAUGUCGGGGUUACUAUGAUGUCAUGGGACAGUGGGACCCGCCGUUCGUUUGCCGAACUGGCAAUUAUUUAUAUUGCUGCGGCACUUGUGGCUUCAGAUUUUGCUGCGCUUAUAAAAACUCUCGUUUGGAUCAAAGCACCUGCAAAAAUUACGAUACACCAGUGUGGUUAACAGGACAGCCACCAUAUAAGAAAACAAUUGACCCUAGACACGAUCCAACCAAGGAUAAAACAAACUUGAUUGUAUAUAUAAUAUGUGGAGUAGUGGCGAUAAUGGCACUGGUUGGGAUAUUUACCAAACUUGGACUAGAAAAGGCUCACAGACCUCACCGAGAGAGCAUGUCUCGAGCUGUUGCAAGCGUCAUGCAAGGCGCCCGUCAGGGUCAGCAUGAGGAGGCCAUCGGAAUGCACACGCAGCAUUAUGACACUGUGCAGGCGAGAGCAAACAACAUGCAAGGCGGCCAGAUAAACAACAUGAUGCAAACGCACCCGUAUCCAACCCUCAGCCAGCUGUCCCAUGUCUAUGAGCAACAGCAAUCGGCGAAAGAGCUCAACAAAUACGCCUCACUGAAGGCUGUGGCGGCCAAAGCCAAUGGUGAUUUCCUCAACAAGCAACACCGCCACUUGGUCGAGUUGGCGGCUAAGGGAAGCCUGCCACUUCAUCCGGUCAAAAUGGAGUACGUGGAACCCACCGCUUCCUACGUCACAGAGGUCCCAUGCCUCAAACAAAAUGGACAGAAGCCCAGGAGCAUUAAACCCAACGUGUCCCAUCCCGCAAUGGCCUACAGCUCCAAUACCAUCGCAAACCCUGGCAUGCUGAGAAGCUGGGAGGCUGCAGAGACUGCGGGACGACGCAAAACCUACGGCCCUAGGAAGAUGUGCACGAUGGAGCAGGUUAAUCAGCUACACACUGCCCGCAGUCAUCAUUAUCUUCCCACGCAACCAUACUUUGUAACUAACAGUAAGACAGAGGUGACUGUUUAAGAGGCUGAAUACAUUUCAAAGCAAGCAGCAGAGAGCCAAAAGUGAUUAUCGUCAUGAAAGGACUCUCCACACUGCCCCUAGUGGACUGGAGGCACAACAUGAGUGAGCAUGUCAUGUCCUCACGACAACUGAUAUCAGCUGACAGUGAGGCCAGGGUUACUUCGAAACAUUUCCACCACCACUAUUUAUAUUCACUGUAACAAUGAUGUGUUUGUAUUCCGUCAAUGAAAUGGUAAAAGGAAACGGAUGUAAAGAUUUGGCACACGAAAGGUUUCAGAUCAAUAGCAAUAAGAUGUAAUAAACGUAUAUGAAAGAGAAUGGCUAUGGAGAGAUGAGACAUUACAGAAAUGAAACAUACUGCAUUAUUGAUCGCAGAUAUUAAAGGGCUGACAUGGAUUAUGAAACAUAGGGCGAUGCUCUCAUCUGAAAUAAUAUACAGAAAAUGUAUCGGCUGUGAUAUUGAUUUGUUGAAGACAGCGUAAAAGACACUGGGUUUGAGGCUGUGCCUUUUGUUUUGUCAUUAUAAAGCGCCUCGGUCAAGCAACUGAACAACUGAUGCUUGAAAUAUGGAGUCUGAAGAGUAUUAUUAGCGGUGGUCACAUGUACUAAAUAUUUCAUGUGAAGGUAGCAUUGCCAUUCCAUGAGCAGCACUGUUAAAGAACAUAGAAGCUUGGGCACAACUUGUUUUUUAAAUACGUGUUUGGUCUCUUUUUGCGUACAUUUGGCAUUACUUUUUUUACGUGUACUCUCAAGCGCAUACAAGCAUGUUAAAAUAUUUGUCAAAAUGUCAUCAGCAGGUAUAUCUGCUGCCACAUGUACCGUAAGGUUUUUUGAACUUUUACAAAAUGUGUUGUGCAGAAGGUACAUUUUAUUUAUUUAUUUAUCCCCCCCGAACAGAUGUGACACACGAUGAAAAAUAAUAUAAAAGUAUAUUUAUACCAUUGCCAGUAUACAUUAAGUAUGCAAAUUAUACAAUGCAUUGUGCCAAGAAGUAGCUGGUUGAAGUUGUUGUGUUCAGCAUUAUUUAUUUAAAUAUAUUUAUUUAUUUUCUGUUUUAUUCAAUAGUGUGUUUGAGAGAAAAUGUUUCUGUUGCUACAUCAUAUUAUCUUAUAAUGAUGUAGCUCUGGAGAUGAUGUACUUUAAACUGGAAUAAAAGAAGCUUUUUCUUUCGUCA